ACGUAAACAUAAUCCUAAGUGUAUACAAGUUGAACUUGACCAUAGAGAUCUGUUGCAAGAAGACGAGGAGUUCGAAAGGCAAAAGCUUGUUGCAGAAAUCGCUGAAGAAUUGAGACCACAACACCCUCAACCAGAAGCUUUCAACCUAUGUGUAUGUCAAAGGAAGAACAACCUAGUCAGUUCAACGUGGUAAUGCUAAAAAAAUCUUGUGUCACUUUAAAAUACCAUUCAAAUCCAGGGAAAGAAAAGGAGACCUAGUUGACAAACUUUCGUCUUUCAUACAAGAUUGCACGUGCUUUUCUCCAACAGCUCAGGAGUGAACAUAUGGAUCCUUAAUUUAGUGUGAUUAACAGCCGGCAAAACUUUUGGGAUUUAACACUGAAAAGGACCGUAAACAAUAACUAUGCCUUUUUCUGCAUGCCAUUCCUCAUUUUUACUGAAAUGUUGUUAAUUGGCGAUAAACACAAUGCUCUGUUAAUACCACCCUAAUGUUUGUAUAGCCUAUGGUUAGCAAGGGAUCUAGGAAAUGAAAGUACUUUGCAGGUGUGGUCCUAUGGUGUCGCACGGUAUCUCUGAAGUUGUUUGCGAGCUAUUUCCAAAAUAUUAAUUUUUGAUUCUGUAAUUGAAAAUAUUGUGCUAGUGCUCGUGAAUAAGAGUGGCCGUGUCCAAUUGACUACUUUGUAGCUAAUUGUCGUGUAUUACACCAUGGGCUGUCAUAUUAAACCCUACAAAACGGUAACUCCGGGGGAUACUGACUCAGUUAAAACGGUCGUAGAAUGAAUAAAUACAACAGCACGGUAUUUCCCACCCAAUAAAGAAUCGGAAUUAACAGUGAUUAAAUUGUAUGAUUAUCAAUAACUAUCACUUCAAAAAAAAUAUAAUCAGAUAAAAGAACUGAUCGAUACACAGCCACUCUCGGGGAAUGCGUGACGGACCACAGUAAUUAAAUUAUUUUAAUUCGCGUAAACAUAUGUUCUUCUACUACUUCUUCCUCGUGAAACAGACCUAAGGGGAUUCUAAGUCAUAUAUCGUUCGUGUUUUUCCGUGGAAAGUUCUAAGAGAUAUUUUCCCUUAAAAAUGUGAAAUAUAAGCAGUUAUGUUUCCUGUCAAUUCAAUUUGUUGAAACCACGCAUCUAAGGCUAAUUUGCAUACGGAGAAUGAAGUCGCGUUCUGAUCGUCGACCAGGAAAAAAACCAAGAAAAAGCGAUUACCAAGUUUUCUCCUCAUGUUUUCAAAAGUCCAACAUUUAAAGGGUCUAAUGACAUUUGGUGAUAACUAGAAACGUUAAAACUGUGGAAAUUAGUCGAUCAAAUGCGGACCGUUACAAUUCCAGCUUUGCUGUCAAAGUGGCGAAUUUGUAACAUUAACGGAACUUUGUACAGCGCGCAGAGAAGAGUGCCCACAAAUUUUAUUGCAUUAAGAAGUAGACUGGUCUUAGUACUUCUGAUUUAUCACAGACUUGAGUCUGGGUCAGGUGCCACUUUCGCGAAAUUACCGUUCAGCUCUAGUUAUGCAAAUUACUUUUCCUGCUGAGCAAAUUAACGGUCAUUUAAAAAAAAUCAUAUCUCAGCCAAAUUUCGACAGAAUGCAACCAUUAAACUUUGACACUGUUAAUGAGAGUUAAAACAUUUGUGUGUAAAAUAAUCAGCUUAUUCGGCUUUGUAAGGUAGGUUUGACAGAGCCCUAAAAAUUCACCAAAAUCGCACCACUUCUGAAGGCAAACGGACCAGUUUUAGGUGACCGAGAAAAUCUUCCUGUAAUAUAGAGAAAAAAUUGAGUUGGUCCAAAUAAAUGUGAUAUUUCUUCAUGGGAUAGGAUAGUUAUCUUCCACUGAAAAAAUCAGGGCAAUCCGUGAUACAACGAAAUUUGCCUUAUCGGUUCUUACGCGGACAGCCUCUUAAGAAAGUGUCAGAACAAAUUUGACUGCCUUAUUUUUGAAAUGUUUUUUAUCCAAGAACUGAAACCGACACUUAACAAACAGUGCGAUUCAAUUCGCGCCAAAUUAUUUGUUUAG